AUGAGAAAGUCAAUCAUCAUCUUACUUCUUGGUUUGUCCGUGGCGACAGCCUUCUUGUUCCCAUCUGCCGGAGGAGGCGGCGGUGGUGGCUGCGGAGGAGGAUGCGGUGGUGGCGGAGGCUGCGGAGGAGGAUGUGGAGGUGGAGGUGGAUGUGCCCCACCACCACCACCAUGUGGAGGAGGAUGUGGAGGAGGAGGCGGAGGAUGUGGAGGUGGAGGAGGAUGUGCCCCACCACCACCACCACCAUGCGGAGGUGGAGGAGGAUGCGGAGGAGGAGGAGGAUGCGGAGGCGGAGGCGGUGGAUGCGGAGGAGGAGGUGGAGGAUGCGGUGGAGGAGGAGGUGGAUGCGGAGGUGGAGGAGGAUGUGCUCCACCACCACCACCACCAUGCGGAGGCGGAGGAGGAUGCGGAGGAGGAGGCGGAGGAUGCGGAGGAGGAUGUGGAGGAGGAGGUGGUGGAGGAUGCGGAGGAGGAGGCGGUGGAGGAUGCGGAGGAGGAGGUGGAGGAUGCGGAGGAGGAGGCGGAGGAGGAUGCGGAGGAGGAGGAGGCGGUGGAUGCGGAGGAGGAUGCGGACGCAAGAAGAGAGAGGCCCUCAACGUCAUCGCCCACGAUGAUCUCAACAAAUGUAACAACGAAGAGCUCAGAAUUAUCCUCAACGAGAACACCAAGGAAACCGUCGCUGAGUCCCUCAAGGCCCUCAAGGAGAAGGUCGCCGGAUCCGACUACAUUGUUGUCUGUAACGAGAAACCAGCUCCAUUCACAGCUGAAACUGAUGACUUCUGCCAAGUUCAAAAGGAGAAUGUUCACUGCACCAUCCUCAGAAUCAACCAUAAGGAGGUUGUUGAGAAGAAGGAAGAAGAGAAGAAAGUAGAGGAAGAGCCAAAGAAAGAAGAGGAAAAGAAAGAGGAAGAGAAAGUAGAGGAGAAGAAGGAAGAAGAGCCAAAGAAGGAGGAAGAGAAGAAGGAAGAGAAGGCUGAGGAGAAGAAAGAAGAAGAGAAGAAGGAAGAAGAGGUGAAGAAGGAUGAAGUUGAGGAGAAGAGCGAGAAGGCCGAGGAGAAGGAACUCGAGCCAAAGAAGGAAGAGGAGGAAACCAAGAAGAACUGA